UUGGAAUGUUGUAUAUUAUUGAUUAGAUUUUUUUAGAAUUCAUAUCGUUUAGUACAUUAAUUAGUUAUUAAAAAUAAAACCUUAUGUGUAUCAAAUAUUAAUUGAUAAUUAAUAAAAUUAGUGAAUUUUUGAUUAGAAUGGUUAGUAAUGAAGAAGGAUCAUCUUAGAAUGAUUAAGAAAAUAAACUAGGAGUAUUGAAGAGAUAGAAGAAGAAAAAUGAAUAUGAUUAUCAUAGAAAAAAGAGAAGAGGGAUGGAUGGAUCAAAUAGUAAAAAAUCAGGAUAAAAGUUCACUGAUGAGGAAGAUAGAUUGAUAUUAUAAUUAGUAUUGAAUAAUGGUCCAAAGUUUUAAAAGAUUCAUAGACAUUUUGGAGGCAAAACAUUGGCAAUGGUAAAGAAUCGUUAUUAUAAACAUUUACGUUUUAGAUGGGAGUUAUUAGGCUAGUAUUAAUAUUUAACAAUUAGAAAUUAUAAGCAUUUAAGUGUUCCAUAAGAAUAAUUGGAAACAUUAUGUGAGUAAUAGAAGAAAGUGAGUAAUAUUCUAAAUGCUGAGAAAGAAGAUUUAGUUACUUAGAUAACUUCACGUACUACAUUACUAUCGAAUGCUCGUAUGUUAGUUGAAUAUAUAGUUGAAUAAUUGUUAUGAUUUAAAAGUUAGUCGAUUAUGAUUCUGAUAGCGAUUCUAUUAAAUCUCUUGAGGAAGUGAAGAAACCAAAAACAAAAACAAUCACACUGGAUCAUCUAAACA